GACAGUAGCCGAUGGUUUGACUUAUGUUUGACUAAUUGUCACAUUUUCGGCUUCUACACACAACGUCAAAGCACAAGAAUAAAUUAAAUUCAUGCAACGAAAGUAAACGUAUCACAAUUACAAUGUCGUUCAUCGAAUUUGAAAGUGGUUGGGAGAAGGAUAAAGCGCGCCAAGAGCUCAGAGAAGUUCGAACUGAAUUAUUGAAGCGAGCCGAAGAGAAUGCAAAACGUCGAGAUGAAAAAGAGCUACAGAAGAAAUUCCGUGGUGAUGAUCAAUGGAUGUUGCCGUCGGUAUCAAAGAGAAUAGAUGAACAAGCUGGCGAAAAAUCUAGCAGCAGUAAAAAGAAGGACAAGAAAUCGCAAAAAUCGAAAAAAUCAAAGAAGUCAUCAAAAAAACACAAAAAAGAGAAAAAGAAGAGCAAAAAACGAAAUUAUUCGUCGUCAAGUGAAUCGGAUGACAGUUCAGAGGAUGAGGAACGAGUUUCGAAGAGAAAGCGUAAACGAAAGCAUUUUAGCGACGCCAGUUCGUCGAGUUCAUCUGACAGUGAAAGUGAAGAGGACUCGUGGGUUGAAAAGGAGCAAAAUGAUGACAAAAACAAAAAAGACGCUGAGCCAAAGAAAAACGAUGAAGUACCAUUGCAACGUGAGGAUUGGCUCAGUGGAUUCAGUGGAUUUACCAAGAGCAAAGAGCCAAAAGAAUCGAAAAAAGAAGAGCGAAAAGGUAUCGACGCCUAUGAACCCGGUAAGAGUGUACGUGAAUUGAAUCCGUAUUGGAAAGACGGUGGCGAUGGUUUGCCGAAAGCGUUUGCAAAACCAAACUAUGACUCAGAUGAUGAUCAACCAGACGUGAGACGUUCGUAUCAAUCGAAGCCAAUUGGUAGAGAACGGCAAUCAAAUUGGAAAAAGAAAACUGAACCACAAACCCAACCGUCGACAUCAGUUUCCAAAGAGUAUAGUGCACCGAAAAGGGAGUCUCGAAGAAAAAGUUCACCAAGUUCGUCAUCAUCAGCAAGCAGAUCACCUUCACCCGCACCAAAGUCAAGUGAACCAAGCAGCAACGCAUUAGCAUGCCGAGACGACUUUCUAACUGAUCAGCAAAUGAAUGAAUUGGGAGCGAAACUGGUAAAAGCAGAAAUUAUGGGCAAUGAUGAACUUGCCCAGCAACUAAAAGAAAAACUGGAUAGAGCGCGAAAAUUCCGAACGGAGCAUAAAAACGAAGUAUUGGCCAAAUCGUUCGAGCGUCGCGCUGGUGUUGGAGCCAAAAGUAGGAAAGAUAAAGAAGAUUCUGUGGUGUUAUCAACGACAAAUAGUAAAGGUUUGAGUCGACCGGUGGUGAAAUCACAAGAUGAUAGCGACUUAUGGGGCGGUCGAGCCGGACGCAAGGCAAAAAAACAAAAACCGGUUGAAACACACGCAGGUGGCGAACGAGUACGGUACUUUGCCGAUGACGAUAGAUAUGACAUUAAACAAAUGUUCGAAUCGGAGAAAUUCACAUCAGCCGCCGAUCAAGAUAUGCAAUUUGCAAAUAUUGCCGGUAAACACAAGAAUCCAAACGAUGAUUUGGAGGAUAUCUUUGCGGACAAGGUGCGUAAAAAUAUCAACGAAAAUGAUGUGGAUAGAAAGGAACGGGAUCGUGCCAUUCGUGAGCAUCAAGAGAUGGAACGUACACUCGAUACAUGCGACAAAUGCUUCGAUUCGGCUAAAUUAGAAAAGCAGCUAAUUGUUUUCCUAGGGAAGAAUGCAUAUUUGUCAUUACCAUGGCAUGAAGGCUUGACCACGGGUCACUGUCUCAUUGCACCAUUGGCGCAUGUGUCAUGCUCAACGCAACUGGAAGAUGAUGUUUGGCAAGAGAUACGCGAAUUGAUGACUGCAUUGAAUCGAAUGUUCAGCUCUCGCAAACAAGACGUGAUAUUCUUUGAAACAGCACGCUAUUUACAUCGAAGACCGCACAUGGUUAUCCAUUGUGUGCCCAGUGCUGAGUUUGAAAUGGCACCGUUUUACUUUAAGAAGGCCAUUCAGGAGUCAGAAGCCGAAUGGGCCACAAAUAAACAGUUGGUCAGUCUAAAAGAUCGCGAUGUUCGCCGAUCAAUCCCAAAAGGAUUGCCAUACUUUUGGGUGAAUUUCGGUAUGGAAAGCGGUUUUGCGCACGUAAUCGAAGAUCAAGAUCAGUUCCCAAGUAAUUUUGCUCAGGAAAUAAUCGGUGGAAUAUUGAAUUUGGACGCUAGAUUAUGGAGACGACCCCGUAAAAUUCACAAUCCAAUACCGAAAGUGAAGCAAUUUGCCGAUUGGUGGAAACUAUUUGAUCCGACGCGAUAAGAAAACAAAAAUUUGUAAUUAUUUUGAAAGAAUAAAAAAGUUGUAAAAACAAUCGUAAUAAAAACAAAA